AUGCAGAGCCCAACAGUACUCGGCACCACGCCCGUGGGGGUGAGGUUCCGUGGGACCCAGCCCUUCGCUCCCGUCAGGGCCGGGCGCCCGCUGGUCAGGACCAUUGUCCGCGCAGCAAAGGGCCCCCAGGCACCAGGGCCAGCAGCACAGCAGGCCGCGGCCGCGGCUGCCCUGGUGAGCCUGCUGGCCUCUGCCAGCCCCGCCCUGGCGGCGACGGACUACCAGACCCCCCCCCUGCCCACCCUGACCAACGUGGAGCGCCCCGGCACCGCGCCCUCCACCACCUCCCUGUCACCUGGCGACGCACAGUCCGCGCCGCCCCUGUACGGCACCGAGGUAAAGAAGGCUGACCAGGGCCUGCCGGAGGGCACGCAGUGGCGCUACUCCGACUUCAUCAACGCCGUAGAGUCUGGCAAGAUCGAGCGCGUGCGCUUCUCCAAGGACGGCACCCAGCUGCAGCUCACCGCCAUCGACGGGCGCAGGGCGCUGGUCAAUGCCGUGAACGACCCGGAGCUGGUGGACCGCCUGGCCAAGAAUGGGGUGGACAUCUCGGUGUCGGAGGGCGAGCAGCAGGGUGGUUUUGUGUCCCUGCUGGGCAACCUGCUCUUCCCCCUGCUGGCCUUCGCCGGCCUGUUCUUCCUCUUCCGCCGCUCCGGCGACGGCGCGGGCGGCGGCUUUGGUGGCGGCGGCAUGGGCGGCCCCAUGGACUUUGGCAAGUCCAAGUCCAAGUUUGCGGAGAUCCCGGAGACCGGGGUCAAGUUUGAUGAUGUGGCGGGGUGCGACAACUCCAAGCUGGAGCUGCAGGAGGUGGUCGACUUCCUGAAGAACCCGGACAAGUACACCAAGCUGGGCGCCAAGAUCCCCAAGGGUGCCCUGCUGGUCGGGCCCCCAGGCACCGGCAAGACCCUGCUGGCCAAGGCGGUGGCGGGCGAGGCGGGAACCCCCUUCUUCUCCUGCGCGGCCUCCGAGUUUGUGGAGCUGUUCGUGGGUGUGGGCGCCUCGCGCGUGCGCGAUCUGUUCGAGAAGGCCAAGGCCAAGGCGCCGUGCAUCAUCUUCAUCGACGAGAUCGACGCGGUUGGGCGCCAGCGCGGUGCAGGCAUGGGCGGCGGCAACGACGAGCGCGAGCAGACCAUCAACCAACUGCUAACGGAGCUGGACGGCUUCGAGGGGAACACAGGGGUCAUUGUCCUGGCUGCCACCAAUCGGCCGGAUGUGCUGGAUUCCGCCCUGCUGCGCCCAGGCCGCUUCGAUCGCCAGGUGACCGUGGACCGGCCCGACGUGUCUGGCCGGAUCGCCAUCCUGCAGGUGCACUCCCGCGGCAAGCAGAUUGGGAAGGACGUCGACUUUGACAAGGUCGCGCGCCGGACGCCUGGUUUCACCGGUGCCGACCUGGCGAACCUGAUGAAUGAGGCGGCCAUCCUGGCAGCGAGGCGGGGACUCAGCGAGAUCAGCAAGGACGAGAUCGCGGAUGCGCUCGAGCGCCUGGUGGCUGGCCCCGAGAAGAAGGGCGCCGUCGUGUCGGAGUCCAAGAGGCGCCUUGUGGCCUACCACGAGGGUGGCCACGCCCUGGUGGGCGCGCUGAUGCCCGAGUACGACGCGGUGAGCAAGAUCUCCAUCGUGCCGCGCGGCAACGCGGGCGGCCUGACCUUCUUCGCGCCCAGCGAGGAGCGCCUGGAGAAUGGGCUGUACAGCCGGUCCUACCUGGAGAACCAGAUGUCGGUGGCCCUGGGGGGUCGUGUGGCGGAGGAGCUGAUCCUGGGCCCGGACAACGUGACCACGGGCGCCAGCGGCGACUUCCAGCAGGUCACGCGCGUCGCGCGCAUGAUGGUGGAGCAGAUGGGCUUCUCAGACUCCCUGGGCCAGGUAGCCUGGAGCCAGUCCGGCGGUGGGUCCUUCCUGGGCGCGCAGAUGGCGCAGCCCGCCAACUGCUCGGGCGAAACGCAGGAUAUCAUCGACAAGGAGGUCAAGAGCUUGGUGGACCGGGCGUACCGCAGGGCCAAGGACCUGAUCCAGAACAACAUCUCAGUGCUGCACCGCACGGCUGAGAUCCUGCUGGAGAAGGAGCAGAUGGACGGGGAGGAGCUGCAGGCACUGCUGCUGGAGGCGCAAUCCGAGCAGUACCUCAAGUCAGAUCAGCCCGACGUCAGCAUCCCCUACCGCCCCACCGUCGCGCCCGCCUGA